AUGAGCUCCAACCCCGAUAUCUCCUUGACAUGGUCUGCGGUCCUCAAGGUAGCAUCUUCGAGCAGUAGAUCCCUUCCCGGUGACAAAAUACGCCUCCCUCAAUCUGCGUUAGAGCAACUUCUCGCUGCAUCGACCCUGACUGUGCCUUCGACGCGGCCUUCAAAUAUCAAUUUUGACCCUUUCAAUCCAUACUCUCUUGCGGCAGCGCGAGCUGAGCAUUCGCAGUGGCGCGACACACAACAGCAACUCCCUCAUCCACUGACAUUCCGACUGGUCAAUGCGGCGAAUGGAAAUAUCGUUUACGCGGGCAUAAGAGAGUUUUCAGCAGAGGAAGGAGAAGUUGAACUCAGCCCGUUUCUUUGCACGGCGCUUGGGAUUGCCGCCCCCGAAACGACACCAAAGAUUGUAUCGAGUCACUCAAGCGAAGCAGGAACACCGUCGCAACCGGUAGACUUGACCGACGAUGAAGCUAUACGAAUAACGGUGCAUGCAAAGCAGUUACCAAGGGGAACAUAUGUGAGACUUCGACCACUCGAAGCUGGCUAUAAUCCGGAAGAUUGGAAAUCAUUGCUGGAGAGACAUAUGCGGGAAAGCUAUACGACUCUGACAAAUGGAGAAAUUCUUACUGUUCGAGGCUCGAAAUCGGAAGAGUUUCGCUUUCUGAUUGACAAAUUCGAGCCCAACGGAGAUGGCAUAUGUGUUGUUGAUACAGAUUUGGAGGUGGACAUUGAGGCCUUGAAUGAAGAACAGGCGCGGGAAACACUCAAACAGAUAAUGACAAAAGCACAGACUGCUCCAGGGUCCGCUGAAGGAAGUUCUAUCGGGGGCGACAUCGACAUUUGGGAUGCCGCUACGGGACGGAUAAUUGACGGAGACGAUGUGGACUUUCGAUUACCUUCAUGGAAUCGAUCAUUACCCAUCACCGUCGAAGUGACUGUUGAUGACGGUGAAAGUGUGGACAUGUUUCUGAGUCCGUACUCGACCCGCCAGCGAGCCAAGCCUCGAGAAGACGAGCACAUAUUUGGUGACUUCAGUGGAGAUGCUAUUAAGUCAGUUACUCUUCAGCCAUCGAACGUCAUCCUAGAAGAUGCGGAAGCUCUUCUGUUUUCACUGCAUGCGAGGCCCACUGCCGUGGGACAAACACCAGCAGUCCACCAAUACUCAUUGCGCGUAAGCCAGACUGCGAAUGCAGACACAGUUUCAUCUUCUGAGAAUCCUAUCAUCAUUGACCAAGACGAGGAGAUGCGAAAUCCUGAUGAGCAACAGUGCAAAAACUGCCGACAGUGGAUCCCAAGGAGAACCAUGAUGCUUCAUGAAAAUUUCUGUCUGCGGAACAACGUCUUGUGCCCUCACUGUUCGAAUGUUUUCCAGAAAAGAUCGCCAGAAUGGCAGGAUCAUUGGCAUUGCGAACACGAUUCAUCGCACGGUAACACACCAUCGAGCAAAUCCCGACAUGAUGAGGUCCAUCACACACCUCGGGCAUGUCCAAACUGCGAAUACGAAGCCCCGAAUUUGAAGGAUCUUGCGUCUCACCGGACCUCUACAUGUCCCGGAAAGUUGAUCCUCUGCCAGUUUUGUCAUCUGGAGGUUCCUCAGGAGGGUGACCCUUUCAAUCCUUCCUCGGAAUCCCUGAUAUCUGGGCUCAGUGCACAUGAGCUGGCCGAUGGAGCUAGAACCACGGAGUGUCAUCUUUGCUCCAAGAUUGUACGUCUACGCGACAUGGCGACUCACCUAAAACAUCACGAAAUGGAAAAGACUUCCAAAUUAAAGCCUGAAGUAUGCCGAAACGUCAAUUGUGCACGCACUCUCCAUGGAGUAGGAAAGAACGGUGAAAUAGGGGCUGGAAGUCGAAUGGGUCAAGGGCCGGGGAACGAUAUUGGUCUUUGCAGCAUAUGCUUCGGCCCGUUAUAUGUUAGCAUGUAUGAUCCCGAAGGCAAAGCAUUGAAACGACGAGUUGAGCGGAGAUAUCUUGCGCAGAUGAUAAAGGGGUGCGGAAAGUCCUGGUGUGAGAACUCGUACUGCAAGACUGCGAGAUCUAAAACAGAGGAAGGCAAGGAAUCACUCACCACACAGCAAGCUUUGCCCAUUGUGAAGCCCCUAAUGGAUAACUACAAUGACCAUUCGUCAUCCAUGUACUUUUGUGUUGAUGAUGGCACUCAGAAACGGAGGAAGUUUGCUGAGCUGAUGGCAGCUGAGAAGGUAUAUGAAUUAGAAUGGUGCAUUGCGGCACUCGAGGCGCAAACGGGGAAUUUAGACGCUGCUAGGCAAUGGCUGCAAAAUUGGGCGCCAGCAAUCCAGCAUUAG